AUGUCGGGGAACCCCAAGAAGACUCGGUCGUCUUUCAGCGUAUCUGGCAAAACUGCCAUAAUCACUGGUGCUGGAUCAGGCAUCAACCUCUGUUUUGCCGAGAUUCUGCUCGCCCGUGGCUGCAAUGUACUUAUUGCCGACAUAUCUCUGAGACCCGAAGCAGAGGCUCUCGUCUCCAAACACCGAGACGCCGACAGCAAGCCCCGUGCCGUCUUCGCCGAGACAGACGUAACCUCGUGGCCGGCGCUUUCCCGCAUGUUCAACACCGCCAUCGCCGAGUUUGGGGGAUUCGACAUCUUCUGUCCCGGGGCCGGCGUGUAUGAGCCGCACUGGUCGAACUUCUGGCAUCCGCCGGGAUCGGCCGAGAGCAAAGACAGUCUGGACGGCGGGCGGUACGCUCUGCUCGACAUCAACGUCACGCACCCGAUUCGCUCGACGCAGUUGGCCAUUUCUCACUGGCUGCACCCGAAGACGGCCGACGAUGCCGUCAUCCCCUCUGCGGUCAAAGCCUCGCCCGAAAACCCAAAGAGGAUCGUUCACAUCUCAUCCGUCGCGGGCCAGGUGCCGAACUUCAACGCUCCACUUUAUGCGGCCUCCAAAUUCGCCAUCACCGGCUUCGUGCGGAGUCUGGCCCGGCUGGAAGAGACUGACGGGAUCCGAGUCAACGCGGUAGCGCCGGGCGUCGUCCGCACGCCGCUCUGGACCGAGAACCCCGAGAAGCUCAUCAACUUGGACGCAAGUCAAGACGGCUGGGUCACUCCCCAAGAGGUGGCAGAGGCCAUGCUGCAGUGUGUCGAGCAAGAUUCGCUUGUUGGGGGGUCCAUCCUGGAGGUGGGAAAGGGCCACACCCGGUUGGUUGAGGUGUUCAACGAUGCCGGUCCAGACAGAGACCCGCAGAACGGCUUGAUGGCGAGGAACGUGUCCAAAGGGACCGAUAUGAUACUCUCCUGGCUCAAGGACGCAGCCAAGUGGGCUGUUGGUAGAGACUAG